AUGGCAGUACAAGUAGAUGGUCCGCCCUAUGCGCUCACACUUAGCAUGGCACCAGCAACGCCUGAAGUUCCACAUGCUGAGGUACUAGAUGAAAUUCUCACUGGCGUAAUGAACCGUACUGAAUUUGAAGGGUCUGUAUUCAGUUAUUUAUUUGGUAACCACACUGAACCUCCAAACGAAAUAAAUAUCCAGCACUUGGACGUUAGCAUUUUAGAUAGAGGAAGCGUACAGAAGAUCAUCGACGCAAUCAAGGACCAUUAUGAAGCGAACAAUACACGAAGACAUGAAGCACUUCAUGACAAGAACGUCUUUUCAGACAAGGCCUUCGAUCUGAUGAAGCAAUCUAUUUACGCCACCAGGUAUCGGAUGCUGGAGACCAAACCAUUCAGAGAUAAAUAUAAAAACGAUAUUAGCUACAAUAUAGCAGUAAUGUUCGGCGCCAUGAUGCAAAUAAAAACGAAGAUGGAAAACAUGUACGCGACAAUGGAAAGGUUUCCAAGGAAAACACAUUUCUUAUGGUAUCUAGUGUUAUAUGAGAAGAUUUUGGCUUGUUACGUGGAUGUAGAACAGAUGACGGAUAAAAUGUUCCAGUACCACAACAGGUGGCUUUCACUUGUCCACCAAGCGAAGGAUAAGCUGAAAGCUCUAGGAAUGGGAACUGGUAGCUAA